AUGGCGACCCAUUCAAACCUGCAACCCUCGCGUCCACAAUUCAUCGAUCCAUGGCAAAAAUCAUCCUCAAAGUCAUCACAGCAGACCGCUGAAGCUCCUGACGGCCGGAUCGCGCACACAUUGACGGCGUGCACUAGGUGUAGACAACGAAAGUCUAGGUGCGACCCCGGAAUACCAAGAUGCUCCCCAUGCGAACGCAGCAACGCCAAGUGCGUAUACUACGACUCGGCCCGAAAGUGUACCAUACCGCGAACAUACAUCGUCUCCCUACGGGAAAAAGCUCGUUUGCUGGAACAGGAACUUGCAGAUCUGGAGAAGGACAUACAACAUGCUGCAGAUGCGGAACUCAUGGUUCGGGGCGCAGGCCGCAUCCGAUUCAAAGAGAACGAUGAGUCUCGGUACCUAGGGCCAUCCAGCGGUAUCGCAAUUACUCGUCUGGUGAUGGAGAUGGCCAAGCAGAACACGGACUCGAAAAGCAUUAAGGAUGUUGUCCCCGAGUUUACAGCACAGGAGAUCAAAGCCGCAUUUGCGCAAGAAAGUUCUAAACCGACAUCCAAAGUCUACCCCAUGAUCAGUUCCCUUGCUCAACCUAACCUACCCCCACGAAACUUGACCUACCGACUUAUAGAUAUAUUUGUGGUCAAAGAUACUCGACCGGUUGUAGUGUUGACAAUCUUCCUAGCGCAAGCCAUGCUACCCACAUUACACGAACCAUCAUUUCGUCAGGAGGUCGAACAUGUCUUUAAUGGCUCUGAUGACCCUUGCCAGAAUUUCCAAUUGAGAAUGGUGAUUGCCAUUAGCAUGCAAAAGAUGAGCACUGAAUAUGCAGGGCUAGCAGACAGUUAUUACCUAGCAGCACUGCCAUACUUAGAGGCAUCUCUAAGGCGCAUGGAUCUCAGGGCACUGCAAUGCCUCGUGUUGAUAGCCCAGUACUCUUUACUCACGCCCACAAGAACCGCUGCGUACUGGGUCGUUGGGAUGGCUGUCAAACUCUGCCAGGAUCUCGGUCUGACUGACGAGGCCACCAUCGCUAAGUCACCCAGCGGAGGACCAUUGAACCCCCUGGAGAUAGAUAUGAGACGACGACUAUUCUGGAUUGUCACUUCAAUGGAACUCGGACUAUCCCAUAGCCUUGGCCGACCGAGCUGCUAUUCUGUUCCGCAUGACUAUAUCCACGUUAAUUUUUUCGAACUAGUGGACGAUCAAUACAUUACUCCUGAUGGGGUACUUCCAGGUGGCACCCCUAUAUUACCCAAGUGUAUAGCUAUACACUUCUUCAAAAUGAGAUUGCUGCAACUGGAAAUACGCAGGACGCUGUAUUUGAACAAGCGCGAGACUCCUGCAGAUGAUCAAGAUCCGUGGUUUUCACAGAUGCUCGCUAAGCUCGACCAUUGGGUAGCUUCUUGCCCAAAAAAUGAUGGCGGCAGCGGACUAAGCGAGAAAUGGUUCCAUGGCAGACGAAAUACAAUGAUCGUUUUCAUGUUCCGACCAUCCCCGCAGGUUCCUGAACCUUCAGUUGAAGCUGCGCGCAAAUGCUAUGAAGCCUCGAUUUUCAAUGUUUCCAUGCAACGAGAGCAGAUUGCCACCGGAUCUGUGGAUUUGACCUGGAUCUUUACGCAGUCGCUGUUCAUGGCUAUGAACACCAUUCUUUGGUCUUUUUCAUACCCCGAUAUCCGAAAAGAGCACCCAUUAGAGGAGGCCAGAGGACAUCUUAAUGUGGCUUUGGAAGCUAUCAUGCUCGCUGCAGAAAGGUGGCCCGGGGUAGAGUCGGCCUUGCUUCUGUAUAGAAGUCUCGUAACUGCAUGCCUCAAGGCAUAUAACACCGAGGAGUCGUUUGUCGUUCAUUCCCCGUCUAGUCACGCAACCCCCUCGUCUACACAAGAUGUGGCAACUCCACCCUCAAUCUCCAGUCCUUCUAGCACAACAGCAUCAUUUCGAGUUGGAAACCCAUCGAUCAACGAUACGAUAUCGGUUGGCACCGUUUCAAGGGGGCAAUCAGCGGAUCCCUCCGUUUCUUUCUCACAGUCGUCCCCGAUGCAGUCUGUGAUAGCCGAGCCACACAAAACACCGCCUUACGCGUUGUGGGAGCCAGAACUUCCUUCACAUCAACACUCUGUGUCAAACUCCAGACAGAACCAGUAUGCACCUUCUAGGGCACAUGAUUCAGCCACCGUCUUUUCCGAUAUCGGAUUCAACCCCGCGACACCAUUCAAUUCUUUCCCUUCUGUUGUUCCUGGCCUACCAGGCUGGGACCCCAACUUUGCUGUUGCCUCAACGACAGCAAGCCAUCUAGCGUAUGUUGACGCAGCGGUUGACCCAAUGCGUUGGCUGGAUACCAUAGACGACCAAUAUUCUCAGUACUUCAAUGGAGCGUAUCCUAUUCCACCCUGGCGGGGGAGAACGCUCAGUCAACAGGAACAAAUUGAGCUCAUGGCUUCCUUGGAGGAGAAUAUUCCCGAUGUUUCUGCGCAACUUGUGCGAGAUUCAGCAACAUUCUACCAAUCUUGA